AUGUGGACCAACGCCCUCGGAGGCCGUCGAGAAGGCAGCACCAAGAUCCCCCGCCUGACGACUCAGAUCGUCCCGUUCUCGCGCAGCUCCUCCCCAGUAUUGCUAGAGGAGUACAACAUCAUCGGGAGACAUCUUCUCCACGAGGUACCUCUCUCCGAACAAUCCUCACACCCAGAGCUGACGCCACUCCAGAUGACCCACAUCCUCUUCAACACCAUCGACGCCCAGACCCGUGACCGCAACGGCGUUCUUCGAGUAGCAUACAUGCACGAGCAGAGUCUUCGCCUGGCUCGUAGUGACCCGGCGUUGUCCCGUCGCAAUGCGGAUAAUUAUGCUUGUUUUGCGAUGGCGGCGUAUUAUCCGAGGGGGUGCUGGUCUUUUGACCCGGAUCGGAUGAUUGGGUCGUGUCGAGUGAGGGACGAAUUGAAGGUCUGA